GCUGGAUCAAAACAGUGCGACUUUUUCUUCCACUGAAGAAGGUUACGUCUGAGGGAGAACAUGAAGGCCUGCUUUGCCAUCUUAGUUUUGACUUUUCUUAAUGGUAUACGCGCUGGUAAUGACCGUAUUUCUAGAAGUCCAUGGAGUGAUAUUUCAACAGUAGUGGAUUCUUCCAACAGUUUAGGUUUAGAGAUUCUUCGCGUCUUUUCUAGCUCUAACAAUGCUUUUAUUUCACCAAUCAGUAUAUCUAUGAUAAUUGGGCUUAUUUAUUCUGGAGCUUAUGGUAACACUGCUAAAGAAAUCGCCCAAGCGAUGCAAUUUCCAUCAAUGAUUCAUCCUGCUUUCAAGAACAUUUUAGAUGUAAUGAAACCUCAGGAAAGUAUCAAAUCUUCAAACGUGGGAUAUACGCUAGAAAUAGCAAAUGCAAUGUUAGUUGAUGAAUCUUUCUCGGUUCUUCCAUCUUACAAAGAACUAAGCAGGAAGUAUUUUGACGCUGCAGCUGAUAGCGUAAGCUUCUCACUGCAUCCUGAUGUUGCUGUCGAAGCUGUAAAUGGAUGGGUUGCUUGGAAAACUCACAAUAAAAUUCCUAAAGUUCUCGAAGAGCCUCUAGACCCAUUAACUAAGUUAUUCCUCAUGAAUGCCGUUUAUUUCAAGGGAACAUGGUCAACGAAGUUUGAUCAAAGGUUAACUAUGCCAGAUACGUUCUACAAUAACGGACAUAUCCCUAAAACUGUUCCAAUGAUGCGACAAAAACGAAAAUUCAAUUAUGGUUUCUACUCUCAUUUGCAGGCUCAUGUAUUAGAAUUGCCGUAUGUGGGCGACAAAGUUAAAAUGCUAAUUCUUUUGCCAGAAAAAAGAGAUGGUUUAUUAAACAUGGAACUGGCACUGACGGAAGAUAUCUUGAGGAAUGUCAGCAACAAUCUGAGAGAAACUAACGUUCAAGUUACAUUACCAAGGUUCAGUUUUAUGGAAGAGCAUGAUCUUAUUCCGUUGCUGAAACGGAUGGGAAUAAGUUCUUUAUUUGAUGAACAGUCGGCUGAUUUGACUAGAAUCAGUCCAGAUCAAGGCAUCUAUGUUACUAAAGUUCUUCAUAAAUGUGCUGUUGAAGUAAAUGAAGAAGGCAGUGAGGCCACAGUAAUUACAGGUGUUUCGGCCGGAGUUCGAACUGGUGGUCCUUUAGUACCUCUUUUCACGGCCGAUCAUCCGUUUCUCUUUUUUAUACGAAACACUUCACUCGAUUUGAUUUUAUUUCUCGGAAGAGUAAGAAAUUUAUGAUUAAUAUGAUGCAUUUCUGAACUUCCUAUUUAUUCGUCUAUUCACUACAGUGAUAAGUAUUGAUGUUAACUGAUUUUACUGAUACUCCAUUAUUGAAUCAAUUUUUUUUUUCAAAACUCUGCGAACGACUAAGAGUGAACCAAAUAAAAAAGAAAAGAUUUUAAAAUGUGGACAUUUUUCAAAGUGAUGAACUAUUUUGAGAACUGUUUAACAAAUAUUGAACUCUAAACAUUGAUUUAAUUACUUCAAAUGAAAAUCGGAAAACAUGCCUUGAAACUAUUUAUUUGGACGUUAUUUGGAAUGAAAGAAUGAAUCCACAGACUGCGUGAGCUCAGUAAACCAACUGCAAUCAAGCAUAAAAAAAAAAAAAAUGAGUAUAAACAGUCUUAAGUCAAAGCUUCUUGAAUUUUAGGUAAAAAUGAAUGCAAAAAGCAUAGCUAGUAAAUAUCAUUUUCUCUUAUAAAAAAAUAAAUACUUUAUUGCAACAAAUAAAAAUAAAAUUCUUCUUU